AUGGAGUCUGAGGUGAACAUGAGCUGUAUCGAUUGUUUAUCCCACGCUCUGAAUCAAAGCAGCAUUAUAGCGCAAAGUGCAUCUGCCGGGGUGACGACAGCGCUAGCUAGCGUGCUGAUCUUCACCAUCGUUGUUGACAUCCUCGGAAACAUGCUUGUCAUUUUAUCAGUGUUUAGGAACAAGAAGCUCAGGAAUGCGGGGAAUAUUUUUGUGGUUAGUUUGUCAGUGGCAGACAUUGUGGUAGCAGUGUACCCCUAUCCACUGGCCCUCGUGGCCAUUUUCCAUAAUGACUGGACCAUGGGAGACAUGCAUUGCCAAGCCAGUGGCUUCAUCAUGGGCCUCAGUGUUAUCGGUUCCAUCUUCAACAUCACUGCCAUUGCCAUCAACCGCUACUGCUACAUCUGCCACAGUCUGCAGUAUGACCGGCUCUUCAGCAUCAAGAGCACCUGCUGCUAUUUGUGUCUGACGUGGAUUCUCACCGCCCUCGCCACAGUGCCAAACUUUUUUGUGGGCUCCCUACAGUACGAUCCUCGCAUCUUCUCAUGCACUUUUGCCCAGACUGUUAGUUCCUAUUACACCAUUUCUGUGGUGGUGAUCCACUUCCUUGUACCUCUCUUGGUGGUCUCUUUUUGUUACCUACAGAUUUGGGUCUUGGUCAUCCAGGUAAAGCAUCGGGUGAAACCUGAUAACAAGCAGAAAAUAAAGCCCAGUGACUUCAGGAACUUCCUGACCAUGUUUGUAGUCUUUGUCUUGUUUGCUGUAUGCUGGGGCCCACUGAAUUUUAUUGGCUUAGCUGUGGCCAUCAACCCCACAAAGGUAGCUCCUAACAUCCCUGAGUGGCUCUUUGUCACAAGCUACUUCAUGGCUUACUUUAACAGUUGCCUCAAUGCUGUAAUAUAUGGGCUGCUCAACCAAAACUUCCGUAAGGAAUACAAACGGAUCAUUUUAGCACUAUGCACCCCUCGUAUUCUGUUCACGGACACCUCCAAAUGUGGGACAGAAGGCCUGAAGAGUAAGCCCUCAGCUGCAGUAACAAAUAACAACUUGGCAGAAGUGAACCUGUGA